GAUCACAGUGUGGAGCUCUGUGCUCUUCAUCAGCAUCUCAGCAUCCCGUCCCAUCCCACCCCAUCCAACAACAAUAGAAUCGAAUUGAAAAGGGAAACAAACAAGACAAUUGGAAUUCAGCAGUAGCAACAACAACAAUUCUUUGACCAUGGGGAAACGAAACUCUAUCAAAUCGGAGAAAGCCACCAUUUCGGUUUCUUCGUCCGCCAAGAAUUCGUCGCCCAGUCAAAAGGGAGUGAACGCCCAACUCAAGGAGCUAAAGAACAAGUACAACUAUGAAUGCUCGGCGACAGAUCCGGUGGUGGUCAACUUGGAUAUAAUACCCAAGUUACUGUUUGAGGGAAUGGUUAGUCAAAAAGCGACCACGGUCGAAAAUGCGGUUGAGAAUCUUGCCGAUAUCUUUCGUUUAUCCAGCGAAAAACGAAUCGAGGCGUAUCAAGCCGGUGGUCAUGCCGUGCUGGUGGUCACCAUGAAGAAAUGGCGUCUCAAUGAGUCCAUCCAAACAUCCAGCUGCCGAUGCAUCCAAAACAUGAGUUGUACCAAUGCCGAAGCCAAAGAAUCCUUUGCUGUUGUGGGGGGUAUGGAAGCCGUCCUCAACGCCAUGCGGACGUUCCCCAAAUCGCAACGGGUCCAACGCAGUGCUUGUGGGGCUCUCAUGAACCUCUUGUCGGGGAGUGACGAGGAGAGGGCCAUACUAGAUGCCAUGGCGGAUAAAUUUGUCAAGGAAUGGGAUGGAAUAGCACUGAUAGUGGCGGCCAUGAGAAACUUUCCCAAGGAAGUCAAAAUUCAGCUAUGGGGGAAUGGACUAUUCCAGAAUCUAGCGCAAAACAGAAACUACCGAAUGAAAAUGAUGAAGUCGGGCGCCGUCACUGCAGCAGGUGGGUCGCUGGAACAGCAUUCCGACGACGAAAAUAUCAAGCAAUACGCCUCCAAAUUCCUCAGAAUCAUGUUCUCAUAGCAAAACAAAAGGGCUACUACUACCCGUAUCCCACCUGAAGUUUCAAAUCGUAACCAAUAGAGGCAAGCACUUGUCCAAUUUGUUAGUUUCCAAAGAUAUGCAUGCCGGUAGAUCUUUACAACUAGCUAGACUAGUACCAGUAGUACAGUAUUAUCAAUGAUAGCCUAGAUCAUUAUUACUGCUUC